GCUCGCGCCAGAGCAAGGGCGAGCGCGGUCCCAGGGCCGGAGCAGUCGGAUUGCCCGGGCCGUUACCGGUCCGUGCAGUCAGGGCCUCCUCCACGCUCCUCCAUGGCUGGGAAGAGGAAACUGUGUUGCUUAUGGACCUUAGGUCUGUGUCUGGUAGCCAGUAAAUCGUCCAAAAUCCCAUCCAUCCACGACCCGUGGUUUAUAGACCAAUGCGUCAGGGCUCACAAUGAAUGGCGUAGCGAGGUCAACCCCCCUGCCGCGGACAUGAAAUACAUGAGUUGGGAUGCAGGUUUAGCGGAGCUGGCUAGAUCAUGGGCAAACAAGUGCACAUUUAAACAUAACACCUGUUUAGAUAAAGCAUAUGAAUGCUAUGCUGCUUUUGAAUAUGUUGGAGAAAAUAUUUGGUCAGGUGGAUUAAAUUCAUUUUCACCAAAAUAUGCCGUCACUGCUUGGUAUGAUGAAUAUAAAUUUUAUGACUAUGAUAAUCUAUCAUGUUCUGAAGUUUGUGGCCAUUACACACAGGUAGUUUGGGCCAAAUCAGAUAAAGUUGGUUGUGCAGCUGCAUCUUGUCCUAACCUUGGACAUCCUACAAGUACAAUGUUUGUAUGCAACUAUGGACCUGCAGGAAAUUAUGCAAAUACGCAUCCUUACCAAAAAGGACGAUCCUGUUCUCUGUGCUCACCAGAAGAUAAAUGUAUAAUGAACCUCUGCAGUAAGCAAAAAGGAAACAUAAUAAUUGUAACACUUUAUUUGGGCAGUAAAGUUUCAGUGCAUUCAUUAUAUUUUAAAAGUUCUCUUCACUAG